AUGACCGGAGAGAAAGCUGUCACAAAAGACCUUACAUCAUAUCUCAAGGCUGGCCUUACACCGCCUGCAAUUAGAACACCAGGAGUUUUGACAAUUGCAGGUUCAGAUUGCUCUGGCGGUGCAGGAUUGGAAGCCGAUAUGAAAACAAUUACUCUCUGUAAGUGUUAUGCCAUGACGUGCAUUACAGCUCUUACAGCACAGAAUUCAAAAGGUGUUCAUGCCGUGUAUCCAACCUCUGCAGAAACUGUCGAAAAGGUGCUUACAGCUUUGAAAAACGACGAGUUAAACCUCAAGGCCGUCAAAGUUGGUCUUCUUCCAAGCACAUGCAUUGAACCGGUGUCUAAAUUCUUAAAGCAAUGCCAUCAAAUGGACUUGGAUGCUGUUGUUCUGGACCCCGUUUUCGUUGCUAACAGUGGUGAUAGUUUUGGAUCAUCCCAGGCUCCCCAAUUAAUUAGCAUUUUCAAAUACUGCCGUCUUAUCACACCAAACUUUGCCGAGGCGGAGAUCAUUUUAUCGCACUUGAAAGGUUACUCUGAAUCAAAACAUGUAGCAGUUACUGGGGUAGAAUCUCUAUGCGAGGCUGCUGCCACAAUCGGUAAGCAAGUACAGUCUAGCAUAUUAAUUAAAGGUGGCCAUAUACCUUUCAAUGCCCAAGGUUCCAGUAUCGACAAAGAGAAUCCAAAAAUUAUCUACAAUGUUCUUUAUGAUGAUGCCACAGGUGCGAUAACUGUGUUUAAAAGCAACUACAUUGAUUCCGAGAAUACUCAUGGAACAGGUUGCACUAUGUCAUCGUUUAUAGCUUCGAGCUUGGCAUCUGGCUACAAUCUAAAGGAGUCAGUGCAGAAAUCCAUCGAGUUUCUUAACGAGGCGAUUAGAAGAUCCAUUCCUCAGCAUAAUGGCUCAGUGAAUCACCUAUGGAGGGUUGAGGAGGACAUUAAUCUUGAGAAAGUUGCCGUCAAUCCAAAAACGUUUGAAAAAUCGUCACCAUUCUCACCAAAGCUCAACUUGCUGAAUAAUCUAAUUAUGGACAAGGAUGUGAACCCGAUAUGGAUUUCAUUUACACAGUCAGACUUCUUCCGGUCGCUUAACGAUGGUACAAUGAGAGAAUCUGCCAUUCGCCACUUCCUUCUUCAAGACUAUAGAUAUCUUAAAACAUUCUUAGCCUGUCAUUGGCGCCUUCAUGAACUUGCCCCAACUCCUGAAUCGCGCGAAAAGAUGGCAGAUGCAGCACGUUCAGUUGAAAAGGAGUUGAGUGGUCACAUUAAAUUUCUCAAGACGAAGUUUGGAAUAGACAAUCCAGAGGAAAUAGGAUCUUCACCGGCAUUGUUGAGUUACGUGAACUAUAUGGAGAAAUAUCAGAAAGGAGACAGUUUUUUGGAUCUCGAGACUGCUUUAAUUCCAUGCCAGUUUGGGUUCAACCCGGCUGUCGCUAGAUACUAUAAGCCAACCGCUGCAUAUGACACCGCAACUGGUGGUAAGGUCACUACAGAUCUUUGUGACUUUGUACCUUGUAAAUCCCAAUAUGAGAGCUGGCUUCAAGCUGCUGUAUCUCCUUCUUAUCAUCAGGUUUUAUUCGAGUUGCAGUCAACCUACAAUUCAAUUUUCAGCGAUACAGUUGCCAAAGGCGAAACAAGCUACAAUCGCCUAAAAAAGAUUUUCGCCGAAGGUUGUCAGCAAGAAUACGAUUUCUGGAAUGAAUGCUACAACUCAUAG